GAUAUUAAUUGUUUUUACGAAUGAGCGUUAUUUCGUUGCAAUUUGGACAGUGCGGAAAUCAAAUAGGACAAACCCUUUAUUCUGUAGUUGACGACGAUAUUAAACUCAACUAUAAAGAUGAUGUUUACUUGCAAAAAAAAUGGUUUCGAACAAACAGAAACGGUGUUUGGGAGCCUCGCUCAGUUUUAAUAGAUACCGAAACAAAAGUAACCGACAAUGUCCAAAGAUCGAAUUUUAAAUUCAGAAAUGUUGUUGCAAAAUCUUUCGGAGGUGCUGCGAAUAAUUGGGCGUUUGGAUAUUUUCAACUUAGUAGGAAGAUUGUAGACGAAGCACUUAAUUGUGUUCGUCUUGAAGUAGAGGAAUGUGAUUUUUUAACCAGUAUUCUUAAUAUAUAUGGUUUGGCUGGUGGGACAGGAUCUGGAGUGGGAAGUUACAUCAUAGAACAGUUGAGGGAUGAAUAUCCUAAAAAAAAUAUUUUGAAUUGUUCGGUAUUGGCCAAUUCAAAAGGAGAAAUUUCAACACAGUGUUACAAUUCGCUUCUGACUCUAUCUCAUUUGCAUUCCAUCAGUAGUGGAACAAUAUUGUUUCAAAACGAAAAACUUUUUAAUAUUUGUUCUUAUAUACUUAACCAGAAGCAAGUGUCAUUUUCACAAUUGAACUUGGUACUAUCCAACCAAUUAGUAUCUGCUGUGCAAAGUGAAGAUAUUACAUUGCUUAACAAUUUAACUGCUUAUCCUUGUUUCAAAUAUUUAGAAAUUCAAACAGAACCAUAUAUUCGAGAGCAUAAUAUGAAGUUUGAAGGUAUUAGAUCUUGGGAUGCUUUAGUUUGCUCCACAUUCAAAGGAUCCAGGUAUGAUUUGCAUCUUUUAAAAGAAAACUCUUUCAAUAUGAAGCUGAUAUCAGGUGCUUUGAUGACACAUGGAUCUAAAAAUUUUGUGUUUAACAAACAGGUUUAUCAACAUUCCACAAAAUUUGUCAAUUGGAUUCCAAAUGAGGAAGUAUUCAAAUCAUUUCAUAACAAAAAAAAAUUUCUUGACUUUGAGAAAUAUGUUACUUUGAUAUUAAAUAGUAACAGGAUAUACAUACCUUUGAAUUCUCUAAUAAAAGAUGCCUGGACGUCAUUUGUACAUGGGGCCUACUUACACCAUUAUAAAAAAUUUGGAUUGGAAGAAGAUAACUUCAUAAAUGCAUUUCAAGAACUUGAAAAUUUGUUAGAUGAAUAUAAAAAUAUAUGACAUAUUUUGUAUUUGAAUGUCUUUUGUGUUCAAAUAAAUUUUUUUACACUUUUUUGUUUUGCUUGUGAACCUAAUGGUGGAUAUGAUGUGAAGUCGAACUGUUGGUUUUUACAGUAUAUUUAUUAAUCCUUUAAUCGCAAAUUCAA